AUGGUUGUAAAUCAUCACGCUCCAAAACUUUCAUCUCUUUCCAUUCAACCGCAACAUCAUCAGCAAGCCUCAUUGAUAUCCGAUGAAAAAUCAUCAUCAUCAUCACAUCAUGAAUUGAGUAAUGGAAAUAGUAAUGGCUCACUCAGACAAGUGAGUUUUGUAGAUUCUUAUGAUUUAUAUUUCGAACAAAAGUCUAGUAUUUCUCAGAAUGCCAUGUUGUUGGCAGAUAUUAAUGGAGAUGGAUUUAAAGAAUUAAUUGUUGGUAAUACAUUUGGAACGUUGUGUAUUUAUCAAUGCAUCACACACAAACAUCCGAAAUAUAUUUGUCAUAAUUUGGGAACGAUAUCAUUUAUUACCAGCACAGAAACGCUGUGCUCAUGUACCGGUAAAAACAUUCCGAUAUUGCUUGUAUUGUCAGCUGAAGGGGAAGCGCAUAUAUUCAAGCUGGUUGACAAAUCAGUUGCCAUUGGAAUAUGUUUUGAUGAUUCCCAAAGCAUCGAGAGUGAAAUUAAUACCCAACAAUAUACCGCCUGGAAUGACGAUGCAAGUGUAAAUAGCUAUGAAAGCGGGCUUACAAUUGACAGUGCCUUUAACACCUCUUUUCAUGACAUGAGCACACAACAACACUUAUUGGAUGCAACUACACCGCCAUCAAUUCAUAUUCCAAGUGCUGGCAGCUCUACAUCCUUAGUUUCCCCUUCUUCUCCAAGCGUUUCAGAACAACAAAAUACUGUUCCUCCAUCAAGGAGUCCAUCACCACCUACUGUUUCAUUGCCUAGUCGUUUACAUGACCACCAUACACACUUAAAAUCCUUGGCUAGGAGUGAAUUUAUUACUCCAAGCGCAACAUAUAGAAUUCCAUGCAACGUAAAUUGUGCUGUAUUUUUUGACAUUGACCACGAUGGUACAAAUGAAUUAAUUUUGGGAGGAAAUAACAGAAAUUUAUUUGUAUUUAAAUUUGGAGAAAAAAUUACUUUCUACAAGGAAGUAAAUACUAGGAAUAAUCAAAUUAACAGCAUGUCACUACAUGACGGAAUGUUGAUUAUUGGAUUUGUAUCCGGUGCAUUAGGAAUUGUUCCCUCAAUAGAUACCGUGAUAAUCAUCGAGCCAAAGUAUAUUAAUUUUAAGAAUGACCCUCUAACGGUUGUAGGAAAUAUUAAAUUUGGAGAACAGGAUUGCAUUGCUAUGUGUGGGCUAAGUGGAGAAGUAAUUAUUCUAGACCCUCUUAAACAUUUUCAAAUUUCGGAAGAACUGCUUCACACCAAAGGAACUCAUAUGUUUACUUCCACCAUGAACAAAACCAAGCAAAAUUAUUAUCAGCAUUACGACUACAUUUUAAACAUCCAACAUGAAAUUCUUUCAAUAAGUGCUCACCAAUUUGUUACCACCUCCACAGAUUCUCAAGUUGUUAUUUCUUCUUGGGAUGGAAUCAUUUACAUUUUAGAUAAGGACAAAAACAUUGUGACAUACAAUUUCAAAUCACCACUUGCAAACUGCUACUGUGGAAUUUUUUCUCUCACACCACGGCACAAUAAUGAGCUGGUUUUGGUUUUAUCUACUUUUAAUGAGGACAAUUUACACAUCUACUACAAUAUUCAACUUCAAAGUAUGAAAGCAACAACCAUGUACGAUUAUUUACAAACUGAUCAGGAAUUAUGUACGCUUCUUAAAGAGUUGGCAACCACAUCAGAUUCAUCCACAAAUUACGCCUCUCUCAUUCAUUCUCUACUCUAUGGCAAUCAAUAA